UUCGAUUUUCAUACGUAUAUUUUCGGGAACAAGGCGAAAGAAUGCCUUCCCAAAGAGAAUCUACUGAAUCAGCUUAUCGUGUUGUAAGAGAUCAGCACUUUUUUGGCCGUCUCAUAAAUCAGCGCUCUAUAUUGUACGUAACAUGAAGGUGUUCCUAGCAAUAAUUUAUCGUCCGCCUGAUCACAUGUGAGAUUAGUAGGAAAUGCGUGGGCCACAUCGAGGUGUUCCUUAAACGUCAAUGUUUCGUGUAGUCUACCCGCGCGGCCUACGUUUUUAGAUUAGCGCUUCUGGAUGACUGGGCGAAAUGUACUGAUAGACGUUCGAUUCGCCGGUGGUAGGGGCUUUUUUUCUGUAACGAGAGAAACCAGAUUUUUCCCGACUGUAUCUCUCCAGAAGACACCUUCUAUCCGUGCACCGUUUUCUCGUUUUCUCAGCUCGCCAGUAGCCAUGGCGGAUUACAAGAUGGUCUAUGGUGUAGGAAUUGCAUAGAGAGAGAGAGAGAGAGAGAGAGCGCUUUUUGCUCGGCUCAAGGCCUCGGCGAGAGAUGUGAAUGAAUCUAGAACCUGUUUCUCUCCCCACAGGUUCUUCUCACACUUGCCCGACUUCUUAGCACAGAGUCGAGCGAUACGCGAUAAUUUUACUGAAGAUAGCGUUACCAGCGCUUUUUGCCACGUCCGGAUUUAGUAUACAUUACAGCACGGUGCUCUUUGCGGUGUUUCGUCGACAUUUUAGGGAGUCGAGACCUUUCUUCUUUUAUUUCCUGCGAACGCCCGGUCAUAGAGUUGUUAUCAGUUCCGUCAAAAUAGGCUCGCGAGUUAACGGAGCUCGAGGUCGGUUCGACAAACAAAAGAUAGAAGCGCUAUUAUCGUUCGCGUUACUAUUAUUGUCAUGCAACGUUAUCAUUAAUAUAAUUAUUAAAGGGAAGAAGCAAAUGAAUAAAGAGAGUGGGAGAGAGGUAAAGGGAUUGUAUCCCCGUGCAGGUAGCGCCACAGGCAAUCGGUGCUCUUGUGAUACCGGCAGUUUCGAGCGAGUCCUGCCGGUGAACGUUCGUGCGGGCCGAGCGAGCGGGGCUUCUUCCCUCUCGUCGACCGGUGGCAGAUAUCGGUGGCAUCGUUUCUCGAGCUACCUCGGGAGCUUGCCUCCAAAGCGGACCGUACUAUACGGCCAUACAGCAGUGUCGUCGACCGUUUUGCUUUAUCAGCACGGUUCCGGGUUCGCGGGCGCGCGGUUAAAUUAAGAUCGGAAUCGAGAUCGGAUUGGAGCCGAUGACGCAUCGGAGCCGUUUCAUCUGCAAGACCAUGUUCGCGCGAUCGAGGGGCAAUAACUUCCUUUGAUCGAAGUACACUUUUGCGAUGCGUCUAUUCAAACGUUAUACGGCCGACACGAGCCCGCAGCUCGUUUCAGCUGUACCUAUACCUCAAGACGCGGCUACGAAUAAUGCUGAAAGCAAUGCGUCUGAGAAAUCAGAGAAGAAGUCGAAGACGGACGACAGAUUGGAAGGUACUCUUCCGGUCAAAGAAGACAUCGAUACGCAGAAAGAAUCGACGGACUCUUCCUCUAUUUUGACUCGUAAAGGAAUUUCGACAUGGGGACGGAAAAUGGGUCGACGAUGGGAUCAAAUGAAGAGAUCGGACAGCUCCGAAUUACUUUCGGUGCCACGACGACGACGACGGUGGAGCCCACAUCGGAAAAACGGCUACGACGAAAUGUCGAACGAGAGCGAAAAUGGAAAUAGUGAACUCCCGAGACCAAAAAGAAUUCCCAGAGUAGAAUCGCUGAGAAACCUUUUUAGGACCGGCGGCGAUCAUUCUCUUAAUAACAAGAGUUCUACGAGAAGUGCGACGAUACAAGAGGAGGAUGCAGUUCUCGAUGUUAGCCAUUGCCCGAUGGGUAAAACUCUCAGUGAAGGAGCGAUCAGAAAGAUCCCGUUUCUAGGUACUUGUCCAGAGAAUUUCGACGAUCGCGAGCUUGCUGGAACAGAUCGGGAAAUGUUUCUCCGCCAAAAGAAAUUGCAGCUGAGUCGCAGCAUACAUGAUCUUCAAGAGCAACAGCGAGUUUUGGAUUAUAUACUCAAGAAUCACGAGAUCCUGAAGACGCGUCAGGGUGACAUGCUCACGAGAGAAACGUUGGAGAACGUUGGAACGAGCGCGAAUGCAAAGUCUUCGGGGGAAGCAAAGAGUCGACGAGCGCCUGAUCCUCAAUCUGCUGGUAAUGCCAGUGUCAAUGAAGCUAAAAGAAAUUCCUAUCCUCAAGGAUUAUCUUCCGGCUCGUUGACUGGUCUGGAAGAUCUGCUGAGCAAUUUGCGCAUAGGUUGCGACGAAAGCGGUUACGAUUCGGAUAGCACGCGAGCCGGCGCGGAUUCGCCAGACAGUGAAAAAUCGGCGGUACCUCCUUUGUUGAAGCCACGCAGUUUCUCGAUAACGUCCGACGAUUAUCGCGGCAUUGACUUAUCGCUGUUUGGUGGUAUCUCGCGGAAAAAAGACACGAAUACUGUAAUCGAACCACGUACGUCGGAAACGUGUGUCUCGAAGAUCGAAAAGGUCAAAGAGGCAGAUGCCGCUAUCGAUACCGUGGCGAACAAGCCUUUCUGCAACGAUUCGACCACAACCCAAUGUACCGUGAUAAUGUCAGAGGAUGAUGACACUGACAGCUGCGACGAGGAUACUUUUGCCGAUUUUCUAGAAUACCAACCGGAUUUAAUGAGAGUUAAUUUUAAGACGGAAGUAGAUCUUUUGCCAAAGACUCGCGAGGAUCUGAGCGCAGCAUCCACGAGUUCUGCUCCGUUCAGUGAGGAUUUAACGAAACUCCAAGGGACAAACCGUAACGGUCUUGGUGUUACAUUCCAAUGUGACCACGCUGAUGCGCGCGGCAUCGAUGAUGUCAAAACGAAAGUCAAUAACGAUGAAAGGAAACUCUGUGCAACGCCGGAAAAUAAUAUUAACAUAUCUCAAAUAGCAAAAUUUCAGAAUUUACUGAAGGACAAGAAAUUUAAAAAUCGAAAAUGCUCGAGUCCAAGUGUAUUACAUCUCUUGGAGCAUGCCGCGUCCCCGUGCAAAGACAGUCCACCGGCUAGUAAAAUCCGUUCCUUAUCUGAUGCGAUGACUAACCCUUUACGAUAUUACAGUCCAAAGAGAUCACGUUCCACUCUAGAACUUGAUACGUUAGAUGUGAUGAGAAACGCGGCGAAGAAAAACAUCUGCGAACUCUCAGUUCCUAUCGCUUCCGUUACUAAAUCUGUUACCGUUGCUAAUAAAAUCUUAAUACGACGUGAAUUGAAAACCAUGAAGCUGACGGUGAAUCGCACGGCGGGUCUCGGUAUUUCGGUUGAACGUUGCGAGGCGGCCAGGCCAUUCUACGUGAUCGCCAAGAUGGAUUCUAACGGCGUAGCGGCUAAGUCGAAGCAAUUUCGCAUCGGCGACGAAGUUGUCCGAGUCUGCGGACGUAGGAUACGCGGCAUGUCAAUGACGGAGGCGCGAAACGCUUUGCGGAGUUGCGUCGGCACGGUCGAGCUGCAGAUCGCGAGAGAACCGAAUCCGACUUUUGGUGAGGAAAUUGGCGACACGUGGGGCAACGCCUUGACGCGAACGCGAAGCGAUCCCGACGCGUGGAUCUCGAAGAACAAAAGAAUCAAUCCGUCAGCUUCCUCCGGCGACGCGUCAUCUUCGACGAACGCUGGAAUCCCUUGCGCCGUUGACGACGCGACUAUCAGACUUCAAAAGAUGACGGGUAUGAAGAAGUUCCAGGUCGUGAGAAAACGGAGCGCCGAGGCGCCCACCGUUCGACGAGGAUCCAGUUUAUCUAUUGAUCUGCUAACGAUCAUAUUGGAAAAAGGCGCGCCGAAGAAAUUGGGUUUUUCCAUCGUUGGCGGCGUGGACAGCAAUAAAGGACGCAUGGGUAUCUUUGUAAAGGAUAUUAUGUCCAGUGGACAAGCUGCGGAAGAAGGUACUCUGAGAGUGGGAGACGAAAUUUUAGCGAUCAACGGUUCCUCAUUGGAUGGACUAACGCAUGCCAAGGCGUUACAGAUGUUCAAGAGCGCCAAACCUGGAAACUUGAUACUUCAUGUCGCUCGAAGAGAUCCAACUCAUAAACGGUUGUGUCACGCAAACAAUGCAGUUAAAAUUAACAUUUAGCUAUUAACAUGAUAUGUCACACAAUCAAAGUCGUAUGAUUGCCUUGACAAAUUAACGAAGUCCGCCGACGAAUAGAACUUGCCAUUUAUGGUUGUUAUAUUAUUAAUCUCGCUUCUAAAAACGUAAUUAAUUAUUUCGAGAAGUUAUGAAAUUUGUUAUUAGGUACAAUCUCCUAAACUUUCUGGGUUUACAAAGUUAUAUCUCUAAAUAUUAAAAAUUAAAAAUAAAACUUUUGAUAUAUUUUACGUUCUAAAUAUUUCAUGCAUUUCGGUUAGCAUCUUAACUUCCUUUCGAUAAUAUUUUGUUUAUAAAAGGGUGUACACAUGUAGAUCAUAUUUGAACUCUAAUUGUGAUAUCAAUCUAUUACUUUUUCUAACGGAUAAUAUUCGUAACAACUUUUCUUCUAAUAAAUCUUUUUGAUUACUAAGAACAUUUUGCAUUAUAUUAAAUAUGUAAUUUGGAUCUUGAAUUUUCUAAAUAAGAUUUCAGAGAUAAGAGCAGUUCGUAUUUAUAUUUUACUUUUAUAUUUAAUUAAUUUAUCAUGUCCGGAAAAAGGACGAAAGUAAACUUUGCAGAAUAAUUAUUAAAUUAUAUCGCAUUGAAAUAUAUUUACAUUGAAAUAUUUCUUCUUCGGAGCAUAUCUAUUUAGAUAUGAACGUUACACUUUAACGUUAAAGAAAUGAUAAGUAAAAUAAUGAAGUAGAAUUAGUUAACAAUAACGAUAUUGUGCAGCUUCAUAACCAUGUCCUGUUAGAUGUGGUAUGCUAACAGUUUGGAAUAUGGUUUCAUUUAAAGUGUCGUGGGAUUUAACAAAUGUUUUUAUUUAAAAAUAUAUUCUUGUGUAAACCUACAUGAACAUUAAAAAGUUAGUUAGUUGCAUCCGAAAGCACGAAAGUCACCAAUUGCAUUUAUUUACUACGAUAAUUAGUAAGUUUUGUUAAGUUAUUUGGUUAAGAGACUGACAUUACGAAUGUCUACCUGCAAAAUGCUGUGAUAACGAUUAUAGUCGCAUCGGCUGAUAUUAUACGAGUUGUAUAUUUAAUAAUAAAUGUGAUUUUGUUAAAUGAAAACAUAAAUAGCAAA